AUGAGUGGCGCAGUACUAGGUAUGUGCUGCUCGUUGAUACCCGUGAAUGAUAUCAACCUACCUGGAGAGCCAUAUACAUCGUCUGAAUACGAUGACAUCUUCCCCAUUUCUUAUUUUGCCCCGAGCACAACUAUCAAUCAAGUAUAUCGUCAUUUCCUCAAGCAGACGCGUAAACUGGAGUCGUGGCAGAUUGAUUAUAGGCACGGUAACGUGGGUAAUUUAGAAGCUUUCAAGCGAAAGUUUUCUGCUUCCUAUGAACCGGAUUAUUACGAGGAGUUCGGCACUUUCGCACGUCCUUCUAUCGGUAACGGAAACAGUUUCUCAGCAUCCAAGCUCUUCAGCGGGGGCACCCGUUGGCGCUGGCGCUGUUUGAACAAAACUUCAAUUUCUCGAUUUCACAAAACGAUGCAGUUACCACCCGUAGGAUUCCGCAGGAAAUGUUGA